AUGUCAUCUACGCAGAAUACGCACCGAGAGUUCAAGAUCCAGAAACCACCAGCCUACUGGCAUAACUUGUCAACCGUCUGGUUGACCCAAGGUGCUCUUCUGGAGUUGCAACGUAGAAUCGGACGUUCGCAGCAGUUGCAGGAUAAUCAAAGACCCUCCCAUUCGGUCACUGUCAUCCUCCAGCAGCUUGGAAACCGCCUGGGGCCAUUGAAAAGAUCUUCACGACGAGGAGGACUGGACGUAUCUGAUCUCAGAGGUUGCCGCCCACCUAGAGCCGAUUUCGGACACGGAUCGAUGACGCGAAUUCCUAAGAGCGAACAACCACAAGAGUUGUCCAAUGGUGUUACUGCCCAGAUCCCUUCCACGCCUUACAGCCUGAACUUCGAGCAGCACCUAGUGGACCAUCAGGUUUACCCACGUAGAUACUUUUACGGGGAAACGGAGGAGGAGAACGAGCCCGUAAAUUUAUCAGAAAUCCAGACAAGAUUAACAACCCGUCGCCCAUCCCUAUCGCCGUCCGGCUUUUCUGCGGCAGAUUUUGAAAAGGUCAAAACCGCAUAUUGUACUACGUCCAAGGAACCACAAGUUUCAGCUUCGGUGAUUCCUCUUAUUGAGGGUAACAUCUCCCAACAUGCUGGCGGUGGCACUCUAUUCAAUAAUCUUGCGCCCCUAACGGAUGGGAAUAUAUCCCAGGCAAAGCCCGAUAUAUACUACGGCGCACGCCCGGAGGACUUGGAACGGCAAAUCUGCAAUGAUCUCAAUGACAUGAUCAUCCCAUGCACGGAUGAUAGCCUCCCAAUAGCGCCCAACUUCUUCAUGGAGGUAAAGGGCAAUUCCGGAGACCCCAGUGUAUCCAAGCGACAGGCUUGUCAUUAUGGUGCGCUUGGAGCGCGGGGAAUUCAGGCGCUUCAAUCGUAUUAA